AUGUUGGAAUGGGUUAUGGAAGAUUGCCAUGACUGUAUUGAAGCAGCUAUUGCUGUGAAAUACAGAUUUGUGUCGUUGUUACAGUUAGCUGGUGUUGAUAGCAAAGUUCUAUUCAGUUGUUUACUGCCAUUUGAGGAUGAGUUGGCAGAAGUUUUCAAGAAUUAUCUGAUAUGCGUUCGCGAAUUAGUACGUGAAGAAGUAGGAACCGAAGAAAUAGGCGCUGAAUGGACUGAACGAGUAAUUCAGGAUCUCACAUCUCAGUGGACCAUUGCAAAACGCUUUGCUGUAAAUGUAGUUUGUGGUGAGAGUGAAACAGUGCAUCGAUUCUGCGUAAUUGCUGGUGAUUUGAUGCGAAAGAUGGUCAAUGAUUAUUUGCCAGAAAAAGAAAGUUUGAUGGAGGAAUGUAGAAGUGCGUUUGAAAACGCGCCUAUUAGUGGCUUUUAUGAUUGCGAAUUCCUACGGCCUCGACAAGCAUCGCAAAUAUUCAUUGCGUGUAGACAUUUUAAAUCACUUAUUGGUCAGAUGAAAGACCGCUCACUACGAUCGCUUGCAUUUGUUCGAACGCUUUUAAUGGAUAUUGAAAUAUGUGCUCUGUAUCGGUUUAAAUAUGCUGAAAUUGAUAUUUACAUAUCUCAGUUGCUCGAUUCUCAUCAUUCUUUGGUUAUAAUUUCUAAUGAUUUACCAAGUGUUAACAAUAAUUACAUCAUAUUCUGUGAUAAGAACGCAUCGGAAAAUGCCGAUUUCGUUCGCAUAUUACUCAACAUUACAUGCUCUCGUUAUAGUUCUGAACUACCGAAAUCCAUUACUAAUUGGCAAGUGCCACUUUCGGGCCAUGCUUGUUUGGUAGCAAUCAAUGCUUGUUCGUUACCAAAAAUGCGAGAACUAUUCAUUUUAAAUAUGACAGUGGAAGAUGAGUGCAUAUUUGAGAUAGUGGAAGAACAAGCAUCCUGUCAUGAUAUUGCAAUUGAGAGUGUAAAAGAAAUAAGGGAACUCGCUUAUUUAACUUGUAAAAUGCUGUUCGAAAAUUUAGCUGGUAAGAUAGUUGAAGACAUAUUGGAUGGACAAGAAUUGAGCUCUUUGGAUAUUAAUGAGUUAGAAUCCGUUCGAGCUACUCUUAUACAAGCAUAUAAUCUUGCUUUUGAGUAUCAUCGAGAAUUUUACCGAAUAUUGCCAAAACAUAGCUGUCGUUCUUUUGCAUUGCAAACAAUUCGUUGGGCUAAACAGUGGUUACAUUUUGCAUUAGAAUUCAUAAGUCAAGGUGAUGGGACAGUACCCUUAUGGGCAAUACAAUCAUUUCAGUUUUUAAUAUUGGCUGCGUGUCCAGAACUUUCCUCAUUAUUAACUCAUAGUGAAUUCCAGGAUUUCGUGAAAACCGUGGAUGCCUAUAUUGCACAUGUUGUCGGCACUAAUAUACCAGAUCCUGGAUUGAUAAAUGAAGCUUUUAUCGGUCAUGAGCCAAGUAAAGCAGCUAAUUUCGGGAAUUCUGUUGAAUCCAAACCAUACUGCAUGGAAGAUGCAAUGGCUCGUACUCUACGGAUUCAAGAGUUAUUGCAUAACAUUGAUGAAAAACGCAACAAACAUUUGGAAGCAGACAGUAAGAUUGGUCGAGUGAAGGAGGGUGGUAGAAGAGCCUUGUCACUGUCGACAUAUUUUAAUCCAAAGAAGCGAGCACCAUUCGAAUGGCAGCGAUUAGAAAAAAAAAUUGGAUCUGGAAAAUUUGGCACAGUUUAUGUUGUAAUGAAUCUUACUGAAAACUGUCUGAUGGCAAUGAAACAAAUUCGUAUUGAACGAAAUGAUAAAGCACUGUUGGCUUUGGUUGACGAAGUAGAGAAUCUGAGUUUAUUAGACCAUCCGAAUUUGGUAAAAUAUUAUGCGGUGGAAGUUCAUCGAGAAGAAUUACUGAUCUUCAUGGAGUAUUGUUCAGAAGGGACUCUAGAAGGAGUAUGUCGCGAAGGCUUGCUGGAUAUGCAGUGUGUUCGACGAUAUACACAUUUCUUGUUAAAAGGAGUGGAAUAUAUUCAUAAGAAAAUGAUCAUACAUCGAGAUAUAAAACCAGCAAAUAUAUUUCUUGGCACAAAAGACGUUUUGAAACUUGGUGAUUUCGGGAGCUCAGUGCGAUUGAAAAAUGGCUCAACUGCUUGUGGAGAAGUAGCUGAAUGGGUUGGUACUCCAGCUUACAUGGCUCCAGAAGUUCAAACACUUGGUGGACGAAUAGAAAUUAGUGGCAAGGAAGAACUAGCAGGAUAUGGAAGAGCAGCUGAUAUUUGGAGUGUUGGAUGUGUUGUACUGGAAAUGUGUACUGGCAAGCCUCCAUGGCAUGAAUGUGAACAAGUCUUGCAAAUCGUUUUUCGUGUUGGUAGUGGUAUGAGGCCUACAAUACCACAGUCUUUGCAAGCUGAUGCCACGUGUUAUUCCUUCUUGGAACAAUGUUUUCAGGCUGAACCAAACAAACGUGCCACUGCGGGACAGCUUGAUCAACAUCCAUUUGCUAACAUAAAUGCUGGUGAAAGCUGUGAUUCAAGGAAAUCUUUUUCCGGGAUGAAUCGAUGUGUCUCACUUUGCUCUACAUCAAAAACUAUAUGGAAUCGGAUGUUUCGGAUUUAUGACUCAAAGCGCUGCUAUUCUCCAAUGUACACAGAAACCACAUUGCCGAAACUAUUAAAGUCAGUGGAUGGUGAUGUUGAGAAAAGGAAAGAUCCAACAAUGCUUCAGGAAGUUGAUAUCAAAGAUUUACCAAGAGCACAGAGACGACAUGUGGAAGAAUUUUUUAAGAUGAGUGAGACAAGAGCGAUCGCAAUGAAAAAAUUAAAUUAUAAGAAUUUGGCUGCUUUUAUUAUAUUGCUAAGCUUCGCAGUAGGAAUAUAUAUGUAUACAUAUAGUGGACUAAAACAAGAAACUUUCUUGGAAGAAAUCGAUGAAGAAUUAGCAGCGGAAUUGGCUGAAAAAUCUGGGAAUAAGCAGUUGUAG